UGGUCCCUCGGAGCUGGGCUCGGACUUGAGCCCUCAGCCUCUGCAGACUUCCAGGUGUGACUUCGCCGUCCUCUGCCCUGGACCCCGUGCGUCCGGGGGGCACCGGAGGCGGGGAGCGACGCGCAAUGCUGGAGGCCGACGUUGGGCCGGAGGGGCUGUGCCCCAAGGAAGCCCCCGCAGCCCAGGCCGCCGGGGCCGUGGAUGGGGAGGGCGCGCCGCCCGGCGGUCCCCGCGAACAGGCGGCCAAGAUGAGGGUCCACGAGAAGUACUCGACGCUCCCGGCCGAGGACCGCAGCGUUCACAUCAUUAACAUCUGCGCCAUCGAAGACAUUGGUUACCUGCCGUCAGAAGGCACGCUGCUCAACUCCUUGUCUGUGGACCCCGAUGCCAAGUGCAAGUACGGCCUGUACUUCAGGGACGGCAAACGCAAGGUGGACUAUAUCCUGGUGUACCACCACAAGAGGCCUUCGGGGAGCAGGGCCCUGCCCAGGCGGGUCCUGCACAAUGACGCCGCCCCCGGGGCUCGAGGCGCCAAGCAGGACCAGCCUCUGCCUGGGAAGGGAGGCCAGGUGGAGACGGGCUCUCCCGAGCCCCCCAUGGACCACUACGAGGAUGACAAGCAGUUCCGCAGGGAGGAGUAUGAGGGCAACCUCCUGGAGGCGGGCCUGGAGCUGGAGCGCGACCAUGACACUAAAAUCCAUGGGGUUGGGUUUGUGAAAAUCCAUGCCCCCUGGCAUGUGCUCUGCAGAGAGGCUGAGUUUCUGAAACUGAAGAUGCCAACUAAGAAGAUGUAUCACAUUAGUGAGACCCGAGGCCUCCUGAAAACCAUCAACUCAGUGCUGCAGAAGAUCACAGACCCCAUCCAGCCCAGGGUGGCUGAGCACAGGCCGCAGACCACGAAGAGGCUCUACUACCCGUUCUCUCGGGAGAAGCAGCACCUAUUCGACCUGUCCGAUAAGGAUUCCUUUUUCGACAGCAAGACUCGGAGCACAAUAGUCUAUGAAAUUUUGAAAAGAACGACGUGUACCAAAGCCAAGUACAGCAUGGGGCAAGGAGAGGGAAGAAAGAAGGACUCUGCCCUUCUAAGUAAAAGGCGGAAAUGUGGGAAAUACGGCAUCACAAGCCUGCUGGCCAACGGCGUGUACUCAGCCGCCUACCCACUGCACGAUGGAGACUACGAGGGGGACAAUGUUGAGUUCAACGACAGGAAGCUUCUGUACGAGGAAUGGGCAAGUUACGGGGUCUUCUAUAAGUACCAGCCCAUCGACCUGGUCAGAAAGUAUUUUGGGGAGAAGAUUGGCCUGUACUUCGCCUGGCUGGGCGCAUACACCCAGAUGCUCAUCCCUGCCUCCAUCGUGGGAAUCAUCGUCUUCUUGUACGGAUGCGCCACGGUGGACCAGAACAUCCCCAGCAUGGAGAUGUGUGACCAGAGGUACAACAUCACCAUGUGCCCCCUCUGUGACAAGACCUGCAGCUACUGGAAGAUGAGCUCAGCUUGUGCCACAGCCCGUGCUAGCCAUCUCUUUGACAACCCAGCCACCGUCUUCUUCUCUGUCUUCAUGGCCCUGUGGGCCGCCACCUUCAUGGAGCACUGGAAGCGGAAACAGAUGCGGCUCAAUUACCGCUGGGACCUCACAGGCUUCGAGGAGGAGGAGGAGGCGGUCAAGGAUCAUCCCAGGGCCGAAUAUGAAGCCAGAGUCUUAGAGAAGUCGCUGAGGAAAGAGUCCAAAAACAAAGAGAAGCGCCGGCAUGUUCCGGAGGAGUCAACAAACAAGUGGAAGCAGAGGGUUAAGAGCGCCAUGGCAGGGGUGAAAUUGACCGACAAGGUGAAGCUGACGUGGAAAGACCGAUUCCCGGCAUACCUCACCAACCUGGUCUCCAUCAUCUUCAUGGUCGCAGUGACAUUUGCCAUUGUCCUCGGCGUCAUCAUCUACAGAAUCUCCAUGGCUGCUGCCUUGGCCAUGAACUCCUCCCCCUCCGUGAGGUCCAACAUCCGGGUCACAGUCACGGCCACUGCAGUCAUCAUCAACCUGGUGGUCAUCAUCCUCUUGGAUGAGGUCUAUGGCUGCAUCGCCAGGUGGCUCACCAAGAUCGAGGUCCCGAAGACUGAGAAGAGCUUUGAGGAGAGACUGAUCUUCAAGGCCUUCCUGCUGAAGUUCGUGAACUCCUACACCCCCAUCUUCUAUGUGGCUUUCUUCAAAGGACGGUUCGUGGGACGCCCGGGUGACUACGUGUACAUCUUCCGCUCCUUCCGAAUGGAGGAGUGCGCCCCUGGUGGAUGCCUCAUGGAGCUCUGCAUCCAGCUCAGCAUCAUCAUGCUGGGGAAGCAGCUUAUCCAGAACAACCUGUUCGAGAUCGGCAUCCCGAAGAUGAAAAAGCUCAUCCGGCGCCUGAGGCGGCGGCGCCAGAGCCCCUCAGACCACGAGGAGCAGGGGAAGAGGAAGCAGCGCUAUGAGGUAGACUACAACCUGGAGCCCUUCGCCGGCCUCACCCCCGAGUACAUGGAGAUGAUCAUCCAGUUUGGCUUUGUCACUUUGUUUGUCGCAUCCUUCCCACUGGCCCCACUGUUUGCGCUGCUGAACAACAUCAUUGAGAUCCGCCUGGAUGCCAAGAAGUUUGUCACUGAGCUUCGGAGGCCAGUAGCUGUCAGAGCGAAGGACAUUGGGAUCUGGUACAAUAUCCUCAGAGGCGUUGGGAAGCUUGCUGUCAUUAUCAAUGCCUUCGUCAUCUCCUUCACAUCCGACUUCAUCCCGCGCCUGGUGUACCUCUACAUGUACAGCCAGAAUGGCACCAUGCACGGCUUCGUCAACCAUACUCUCUCCUCCUUCAACGUCAGUGACUUCCAGAACGGCACAGCCCCCAAUGACCCCCUGGACCUGGGUUACGAGGUGCAGAUCUGCAGGUACAAAGAUUACCGUGAGCCCCCGUGGUCUGAGCAUAAAUACGACAUCUCCAAGGACUUCUGGGCUGUCCUGGCAGCUCGCCUGGCAUUUGUCAUUGUCUUCCAGAACCUGGUCAUGUUCAUGAGUGACUUUGUGGACUGGGUCAUCCCUGACAUCCCCAAAGACAUCAGCCAGCAGAUCCACAAGGAGAAGGUGCUCAUGGUGGAGCUGUUCAUGAGAGAGGAGCAGGGCAAGCAGCAGCUGCUAGACACGUGGAUGGAGAAGGAGCGUGGUCAAGAGGAGCCAUGCAACAACCACAACCCCAAAGCCCGCUCGGACAGCUGUGGCAGCAGCGGCCCAGCCCCUAGCCACGCAUACCACGGGGGUGCACUGUAGCCGCGCCAGCAUGCUGGGCAGGCCAGCGGGCUUCCCCACCGACAGCCGCCCUCUUGCAGGCGGGCAUGCUCACCCCCACCAGGGCCCGGUGGCCCCUGUGUUUUUUACAAACAUGGAGGACCACUUUCUGAUAGGACAACGUUUUUCUCUCUUCUUUGUGUAUUUUUCCUUGUUUUUGCACAAAACCAUUAUGCAGGGAAUUUUUUUAU